AGCAGAGCAACAUCACUUCCCAGUCCUUCGUGGGCCAGAAGGCCAAGCAGGAUGUCGAGCAUCUUCGGUCCUAUCAGCUAUGGCUCCACGGGGGACAUCUAUACCACAAUUACCCUCGUGCGUGACACUAUAGGACUCCUGACUGGACGUCGGCAUGUCCGGGAAGCAACUGCCUUCCGCGAGAUCCUCCACCAAUAUGUUUUCCUCCUCACCUUGUUUGACCGGCUGCUCAGAGAUCGCACUAUCCAGCGCCGACCAGACGCUUGGAAUGCUCUCAAGCUAUCUAUAACUAAUUGUGAUGCUAUCGUUAUAAAGAUCCGACGAUAUCUUGAGGACGUCACUCAGAAUCCUGCCGUAAUCUUCAGAGGGCCGCUAGGCAGUAUCUUCUAUUCAUCAAUUGUGGCUCCGUUCCGAUGGACUGUGUCCAGAGGCGAGCUCAUCGCGUUGCAUAAGGGCUUCCAACGCCAUGUCGACAUCAUCAACUGCGUACUCAAUGCAACCAAACUACAAGUCGUACCCACCAUCGUCAGAGACCUACAACCUUACUCAGAGACGGUCACACUAUUGGAUAUGUUAGAUCAGCGUAUGCCUAUUCCAGUACAGGUAUGUGCCGAUAAAGAACAAUUUCACAGAUUCCUUGGUUGUCUCUUCGAUAAUCGUGCAGGCAAGGCCCUCGUUCAACGACGCGAUUAUUCGAUUGUCAUUCAGGCGAAUGACGGUCCGCUGAAUGACGUCGAUUGGCUUUUGGGCGUGCAGCCGGGAACCGUCCUCGUCAUGUCCGCACUCCUCCGGAUUGCAGAUAAAGAGUUACACAAAUGUCCUAAUUGUGAGACCUUCCUUUCGCAUCAGGGUGAGGGGGAAAUCGUGUGCGCUUUCUGCGCAACCAAACUGCGGAUCAUGGACGCUCCAAGACAGGGUCAUCCUAAUGCCGCCUUUCCUCCAGAACAUCCGGAUGCGCCAAGGUACUAUCGCCUGGAGGAAGAGUCUAUCGUUAAUGACGACGAUGAGAGAUCCGACUUGCGGUUUAUUCGAAGAUAUAAUGUGGAGGUCCCAAAGUAUUGUUCGAGUUGCUUGGAUCCUAUGCAAGUUCACCACGCCGUAUCAGAUCCGCGGACGGUUGAGAGGUACAAGCGGUACUUUGUGGACAUGCUCAAGCUGGUUCCGAAGGAGCUAAAGUCGCAACCUAUAUGCGAUUCUUGCACCAUCAGCCGCGUUCCAAGCCAACUUCCGAGAAGAGCCAGGAUGUGGUCUGUUGGCACUUGGUUUAUCCAGUCGUCAGACCUUCCUCGCCGUCGACCCCGCUUUCAAUUACGCUUCCUCUAGUAAUUGCGGGUCUCAACAAGACGUCCUUCCCACUCAUUCCUUAUAUACCCAUACCCGGCCUUCUCAUUCCCGAAGGCCAAUUUUCUGCAUCCUUUUAUCCCUCAAUAUCACACGGCGGGGACCUCUACCAAACUACCACUCUUCUUAUAUUCCAACUAUACAGAUGCCCGUAGCCCGUAGUUGUCCGCUUGGAGGGAAGUGUCUACAUGCUAGUACACUUUCCUGCAGAGUCGGACCCGUACAGUAGUUGUCUGCUUGUCUGCUUGGAGGGAAGUGUCCGCAUACUGCACAACAGUACACUUUCCUGCUCGUCAGAACUUCUGUGAACAUCACCCUUACAUACCUUUCGCCCUUCUUGUCUUCCAAUGUACAGCAAGCCAUGUGCUUGAGAUGCUUGAAAUGCUAUAUCCCCCUCUCAGGCUU